AGAUUGUUUAUUAUUCCAUAAAAGUAUUGCGGGUUGAAGGAUGAUUAUGUUAUAGGCAUAGUCGUUGCUUCAACUGAAAAUUGGUUUCAUUUUUACCUUCAGCUUCUAUGAUAUUUCAAGGAAAAUGGCAUCGUUGAAAGGAAAAGUUGCUUUAAUAACUGGGGCAAGUUCUGGGAUAGGAGCAGCCGUAGCCCGACAUUUUGCAUCGUUAGGCUGUUACUUGUCGCUAACUGGUAGGAAUGAAGAGAGGCUGAAUGGCGUUGGGAAAGACUGCCAGCAGUGGGGGCUGCAGGCAGAUCAGAUUCUGCUGCAAACUGGUGAGAUGAGCAGUGACGCUGACCUAGAGAGGAUUGUGCUCGAGACCGUCGAACGGUUCGGCCGGCUUGACGUUCUGGUAAACAACGCUGGCAUCGUUAAAAUUAGAAAUCUUGAAAAAAGCACAAUGGAAAUGUUUGAUACCACCAUGGAUGUUAACGUAAGGGCGGUGUUCUACCUGACUCAAUUGGCGUCGCCACAUUUAAUAAAAACAAAAGGAACUAUUGUGAAUGUUUCAAGCGUCGUAAGCAAAGUACCGAGCUGUAAUACUUUUUACGGUAUUUCAAAAUACAUGGUAGAUCAGCUAACAACAAACGCAGCUGUUGAAUUAGCACCGUAUGGAGUUCGAGUGAACUCUGUUUGUCCUGGUAUUAUCCCCACUCCAAUUUUUGAGAGGGGAGGCAUGAAAUGGGAAAAGGUAUUUGAGAGAAGCAAACGGCAACAUCCUUUAAGCCGACCCGGGGAGGACACCGAGGUUGCAUCCGCAAUUGCGUUUCUAGCUUCAGAUAACGCGGCAUCUAUAACGGGACAUCAUUUACCAAUAGAUGGCGGGAGACACUGUAUGCCCGGCAGUCCAAUUGAUGCUACUUAGUAAUGGUGAUUGAUUGACUUUUAAUUGAUGCUGGCUGAUUCAUUGAUUUAUUUAUCAUUGUAUUAUAUAAUAAAGUAAUAUUUGUUGAUUUAUUAUUGUAUUAUAUAAUAUAAUGUAAGAAUAUUGUUAGUUUUAAUAAGGAUAAAACUGUCAUUAUAUUACAAUAUUUAUAUUAUUGUUAAGUAGCCUACUAUUAUUCAUGUUUUCAACUGGAAUAUAUUAAUUAAUGAUAAUCAAUAAUGAACAUUCACUAUAUACAUUUGUGUAUACACACGCAGUGGUAAAUUCUCAGUAUUUUCUGAGGGUAAGAAAUUAGCUGUC